GUGUGCCAUAGGUCGUAAACGUUUUUUACAUUGAUUUGUGGUAAAAUGCAAAUUAUUUCGUUUAUUAGUGUGAUAUUAGUGAUUAGGUUUUCUACUAGUGACCAGGCAGAGGGCAACUAUGAAACAAGUGAAGAAUUCGAAGAACAGUUGAACUACUUUGGGAGUGUGGAAAUCCUGCAAAGCCUUUUGCAGGACUACGCGUCCGUUGAAGAUCAAUGGAUCACUCCUGAGUAUAAACAAUUCGAUCGACAGGUGAUCAAUUCAUUAGAAAAUCUGGUAAAUGAAGUGUAUGAUAACGAAUCGUAUCAUGACGCAGUGAAACCUUCAAGUGCGAUGAGAGUGUUGACGAAUUUUUGCGGACCCGGCAAUUGGUCCAUCGAUGGUGAAGUGACACAAAAUCCGUACUUUCAAGACAUUGAUUUGUGCUGCAAGAAACACGAUGAGUGCCCUGAUUACAUUGUGAAACGAAAGGAUUAUGAAAGAUUUCCGGGAUUGCCUUAUAAGCCGCAGAUAUUUACAAGGUUACGUUGCAGUUGUGAUGCUCAGUUUUUUUCCUGUUUGCGAGAUGUGGCGACGUUUUUCUCCUUCGCAGUCGCAUGGAUCUACAGUAAAGCGCAAAUGUUUUGCUUUGAGCAUGAGUAUCCUGUACUGGAAUGUACACAGUCUAUAAACGAUGGACUUAUCUCCACAACACGGUGCAUCGAAUAUCUAGUCGACAACUCUAGUGCCAAGAGCUGGCAAUGGUUCCACAUACCACACCUGAAUGCAAAUCUAACGUGUUUCCCUAGUGUUAUAUAUAAGGACCAAUAAAGAAAAACCAGAGUCAAAAAAUA